CGUGUGUAACCAGGAGAGGGUUGCGACGGAUCAUGGCAGUUGGAGGACGUACAUACAUAUCGUAUUCGACGGGAUUACGCAACGCGGUGCUCUCUGAUUGGCUCUAAUGGGCAACGCUGCAAAUGGCUCGACAUCGUUAUGGUUAGCUGAAACGAGUCCAUUGUUGUUCCUAGAUACAAUGCAAGGGCUACAUUACUCGAGUUGGAAGAAGCGGCGUGAUCAUACUAGGAGGAAGUCUUUAGUCGAUUUCUUCUCCGCUAAUGUUGCACUUUUACAAGUUUUGUUGGUUAUUUUGAGCCUUUUUUUAGUUCUUGGAGUUGAGAGAUGCAUUGGUUCGUUCUUCAUUGCAAAUAUCAUGACUAUAGGAAACAUAAAAAGAUACAUGUUCACAAAGACUCACCUAUGGCCAUUUCGCGAGGCUAGAUGCAGCGGGGUGUGAGGAAAAAUCACCGAUGAGGAAGAAUUCCGAAGGGGCACGAUCAG